AUGAAUUAUAAAGAUUCAUUUUAUAAUACUAUAUUUUUAGGUAAAAAUAAAAGAUUUCUUCAAAAUAAUAAAAAAUUGCUUGUUAAUGCAAAGAAUAAAACUAAUAAUGAUAUAUUAAGAAAAAAAUGUUUCCUUUUUUAUUCAAUAAAAAGAUAUUUCUCAGUGUUUGUUUGUGAUGAAAUGAAUGAUAUGUAUAAUAACAAGUUUAUGAAAAAUGGCAAUGAAAUAGUACAUACAAGUAGCAUUAUACCGAAAAAAAAGAUAUCAUAUAAUAAGAAAGGUAGAGAUAUUUAUGAUAAAAAAAUUUUGGAUUUAUUAAUUGAAUUAAAAAAUAAAAGAGAUAGAGAUAUAGUAAAACUUAAAAAUAUUACUACGUAUAUUUUCAAAAACAUAUAUUAUUAUGAUUUAAAAGAUAUAACAAAAAUUUUAUAUUGUAUAUAUUUUUUUAGUAUUAUUUUAAAAAAAGAAGAUGUAUAUAGAUUAAUAAAAAGAAUUAAAUUAUUAACAUUUAAUAAUAAAAAAGAUAGUAUUCAUGAAUUAACUUUGAAUUUGUUAAGAAUAAAAAUACAAGGAGAAAACAUAGAUGAGAAAUUAAUAUUCAUUUUAAAUAAUCUUUUAAAUAUUUUGUUACUCAAAAUGUUAUCUUAUGACAAUUUUAAUGAUUAUUUUAAUUACACGUAUUUUAUAAAAGAGAUUCAAUUAAUAUAUCAUCAUGAUUUUUCUUCAUGGAUUAAUAAAACUUAUUUAGAUAUAUCAGUUAAAACCUUUUUACAAUCUUAUAGAAAUUCUUUAGUAAAUAAAAAUAAAAACUUAGACUAUUCUUUUAUAAGCGAAGUUAUAAAUAUUUUAACGGAUUUAAAUUGCAAUGUAAAUAAUAUAGUAAUGUAUAAUUAUAUUAUACCUAUUUAUAUAAAAAAUUUUAAUUUAAUAAUUGAAUGUAUAUCAAAUGAAAAUACAUUUUUAGAUUCCUUAAUAAUUACUCCUUAUUUUUUGCAAAGAUAUAAUUUAUUUAAAAAAUUAAAUUAUAGAGUACUAUUUUUGUAUAAGAAAUUACUACCACAAAAUCAAGAAGCUAAAAUAACUUAUAUAAAAAAUUCCUUAUAUGAUAUUAUAAAAUAA